AUGUCGCGGCGCGGCGGUGCUGUCUUAGGCGCGACUGCAGACGCAUGGCAUCCUCCGCAAAAGUCGCCGCAUCAUGCGCUGGAGUUCGUUCCCGACCAACCCGCGCCUCGACGUGAUGGCACCCAGCGAGGCCACUUCUCAAGCACGCCGCCGCCGUAUUCGCAGCAAAACAGCUUCGAUCAGUACGGCGUGAACAGCGGGAUCGGCGGGAUCGGUCGUGGCGACGGGAUAGGCGGAAGCGGUAGGUAUCUAGCAGCAGUACCGUCUCAGAAUCCUCAAACGGACUCGGAUCCGUGGGAGUUGGCGCACUCUUGCGACCUCUGGGCGGAAACGUACGAGGGGACGAACCCCCCCGGCGGGACCGGCACGCGGGGCCCUAGUGUGUCGCAUUUCGGCGAAACCGGCGACGGAACUGCGUGGGCGAUUCCAGUCGGCGACGACGACGAUUACGACGACGGCGCGUCGUCACUCCCUCCGCUCCACGCGGAAGCGCCGUAUGAGGGCGUCGGCGCGCUCAACCGCUCCGCGACCACGCCCGCGCUCGCGACUCCCUCGAGACGCAGCGUUGAAGAUUUUGAACCCGAGCCGACGAACUUUGCGGCGGGAAGAGCGGCGACUACCACCCGCAAAGCCAGGCCCAGUCGCUCCUCCGGCGGAUCAUUCGACGCGCGCCUGGGCUGCGAUUCGAGGGACGACGACGCUUUGGCGGCGCGUAUCGGCAGCGGCGUGUCAGGCGCUCACGUAGCGGGAGCGGCUUUCCAGGAUGCGCCAGAGGGGGCCUUUGUCGCAGAGGGAACGUCGCAGCAGUGGGACGGCGUCGCAGAUCAUUUCGCCAUGCAGGAUGCGGCGGGCGGCCGUUGGAGAGCGGCGAUGGGCGAAGGAGGGGAGGAUGAGGAGGAAGGCGAGGAGGAAGAGGGGGAAGAGGAGGAGGAGUGGGAUGAAGAAGAGGAGGAAGAAGUUGAGGGCAACGAGCAGGAGACAGAAGAGGACGAGGCGGAUCUGUGCUUAAAUCGGGCGAAGACCCUCCCGUUGCUUCACGUUUCGCGCACGACAUCUUCGGAACAGUCGGCCGAGCGGGGCUUGUCGGGGACGAUGGGCGCCGGCAAUGCGGCAGGCGAUGAGGGGGACAACGACGAUGACCUGUAUCCUGAGCUACGCGCGUGCCACACAGCGCGAGGCCGCCUGCAGCAGCAAAUGGCGCCUCCGCCGUACGCGCGCGGAGCGGAGUCUACGGGAGUUGUCGCGCAGCACCACGGGCAUCAUGGGGAUCCUCGUUAUAAGGAGCAUCGAGCAGCAACUACGGGGCUUGUUCCGCCCAAAACACCCACCGCAUCGCAGCCGUUGAAAGGCCUCGCAGCACAGUCGUUCAAAGCAUCUCAGCCAUCCAGAGGGCCUCAGCCGCAGCAGCAGCAGCAGCAGCCCAAGAAUCCAACAGUCCAACGAAGCUCGACAGGAGCAUGGGGAGGAAAAGGCGCGGGAGCAGCCGGAGGAGGAGCAGGAGGAGGGGUAGCAGGAGCAGGGGGAGGAGUGGGUGGAGCGGGAGGGAAAGGAGGAUUAGGAGGAUCAGGGAGAGUGGCACCGUUGAACCUACCACCACUGGUGUUACAGGAAGAACCCCAGCUGCAGCUGGUGCCGCCUGGCAGGAAAGCAGGCGCUGCAUCAUUAACUGGCGCUGCUGUGAGAGGUGCUAUGACUCCUGGGGGGAGGCUGCAGCGGCAGAUGAGUGAGGAUGAAGAGGAGGGGGACGGGGAGAGGGCGAUGGGGAGAGGAGCAGGGGCGGGUGAUUGGGAAAGGUCGGGCUCUGGUGUUGGUAAGCGGGGGGGUGUGGCGGCACCAAUGACUCCUAAGGGGAGGCUGCAGAGGCAGAUGGAUGAUGAGGAGGAGGAGGAGGAUGAAGGGGAGGGUGUAAAGGCUAAGGCGGGUAAGAAAGGAGGAAGGCUGCAGAGACAGAUGGAUGAUGAUGAGGAAGAAGGGGAGGAAGGUGUGAGGCCGAAGGUGGGCAAGAAAGGUGGGAGGCUGCAGAGACAGAUGGAUGAAGACGAGGAUGAGGAGGGUGGAAGGGCGAAGACGGGUAACAAGGGAGGUUUUGAUGCUAGCGUGUCAGUGCCUGUUGUUCCUGCUAAGGGAGGCAAGAAAGGCGGCAAGCUGCAGAGGAGCUUAGAAGAUGACAGUGAGGAAGAGAAGGAGGAGGACGGUGCGAGGAAAAGGGAGGGGAGGCGCGUGAACGGGAAAGAGGAGAAGGGCAGGGAGGUAAGGAAGUCUGGUUCGUUCACAGGUUCAGGAAAAGCAGGUUCGCCCACGGCUGAGGGGAAAGAAGUUUCACCUGUUGGUGCGGGCAGGCAAGGGAACAAGAGAGAAGGGGGAAGGCUGGAGAGGAAGAUGGAGGAGGAGGAGGAUGAUGUGAUUAGAGGGCGUGGGGACGAGGGCGAAAAGGGGGAGACGGGUGGUGGCAGAAGUGAGGUUGAGUGCGGUGGGGGUAAAUGCAGUACGCGAAAGGAGGGGGAGGAGGAGGGGGAAGGGAAUGAGGGGCCGGUUGCUGGUGAGGGAAGGAAGGGGAGGAUCGCUGGGUCUUACGAGGGGGAUAGGCGUGAGGGUAAGGCUUCAGGAAGGCUGCAGAGGAGGAUGGAUGAUGAUGGUGAUUGUGGUUGCGAUGAGGAAAAGGAACAAUCUGAGUUGACUCAAAAGGGUGACAGGCGUGAGGGUAGGGCUUCAGGAAGGCUGCAGAGGAGGAUAGAUGAUAGCGACGAGGAGAAAGAGGUGGGCAGCUUGAGAAGGGCGGGUGGUGGUAAGUCAAGGAGCCGUGCCAGCACUCCCAAGGGAGGGAGGAGGGCCGGGAAGAGUCAAUCCUCUGUUGAAACUUCUCCAUUGUCUCAGAAUUCACCGUCUCAAAACGCCAAAGCAGGGCCGGAUGGCCCGUUUAAACGGGUCGGAUCAUUGGGUGCUUUGGAUGGGGAUGAGAGGGGGGAUUCUGAGUGUGAGGGGCAGCGAGAGAGGAAGGAGGGGGAGAGGUGGAGAAAGAAAGGGAGCAGGGAUACGGACAGGGAAAGGAGGUCGAAAGGGAGUGGGGAUUGGGAGCGAGAUAGAAGGUCCAAGAGCAGUGGUGAUCUGGAGCAGGAGGAGCAGCAGGCAAAGGAGGAGGAGGAGGGCGAGGAGGGGGGGGAGAAGGACAAGGUGGAAGGGAAGGAGACGAAGCAGGGGGAGGAUAUGGAGGGGGAGGAGGAGGCGAAGGGAGUGAAGGAGGAGAAGGAGGAGAAGGAGAAGAGUCCGAAGGAGGGGCGCAAAGUGAGUAAGCUGCAGCGAAGGCUGGAGGAUGAUGAUACGGAUGAGGAGGAGGAGUGUGCGAAGGAGAGCGCGAAGGAGCGCAGGAAGGAGCGUGAGAAGCAUAGGAAGGUGGAUUCUCUGGGUGAGGAUGUGAGAAGGAUCGGUUUAGAUGAGACAGACGGGAGUAGGAUAGGAGGGAGUGGGAGAAGAGGGAGUGGGAGAAAAGGGAGUGGGAGGAAGGCAGGUGCAGCAGAGACUGGUUCGGCUAGAAAGGAGGUUGGGAGUAACCGGAAAAGUAGGUUGGGGGUGGAUGGUGGGAAGACGGAGGAUGAAGGGGAGAGGGACGGGGAGAGGAAGAGGAGAGGGAAGGAGGAUAAGGUUAAAGAGAAGAAGGAGAAGGAGGGGGGGAAGAAGGGUGGGAGCAAAGGCAGUGGGAGGAGGGAGAAGGCCGAGGUUCCUCUAAAGGCAACACGUGUGUUUGCUGAUAGUAGCACGGAUUUGCAUGCUGAUUCUUUCACUUCUGCUACUUCUGAUGGGCUGCCUUGCAAGUCUCCCAGAAGCAUCCGCGAAGGGUCUUUCUUUGGGGGGCUGAGCAGCUUCCGAUUCGCGCCUGACGUUCGUGCGCUGUGGUCUCGAACCAAAACGAUGAACGAGAGGGAUGGGGAGGAGCGGAAGAGGAAGGAGGAGAAGCGGCGGAAGGAGGAGGGGGGAGGGGAGGAGGAGGAAGGGGGAAAGGGGGGAGAGGGUGGGGAGUUCGGGCGGUCGUGGUCUCGAACUAAGACGAUAAAUGAAGGAGAUAUACAAACCGAAUCUAUCAUGGAUGGCGGAGCAGCAGCGAUGGGAGCGGGUUAUCGGUCAGGCGGGGGUGGAACGGACGGAGGGCCGUUAGAAAUAACCGUCACGGAUCCCGUUAAGCAGGGCGAUGGCGUUAACGCGUACACGUCUUAUCGAGUCACCACCAAGUCGCCUGCGUCGGAUGGCGAGGUGUACGUGAUUCGCCGGUUCUCCGACUUCGAGUGGCUGCACGACCGUUUAGGCGAUCUGUACAGAGGAGCCAUCGUGCCACCCCUACCUGAUAAAAACGUCGUGGAGAAGUUUCGGUUCAGCCGGGAGUUUGUGGAGAGCAGGCGGAGGGGUCUGGAGACGUUUGUGAGGCGCGUGGCACGGCACCCCGUGCUGGGCGGGGCGGAGGAGCUGCAGCACUUCCUCAAAGACAGCGAGGACCGAUGGACCAUGGAGAUGCGCAAGACAUCAGAAUCCAAGCUCUUGGGGGCCAAGCCCAGCGACUUCCUGAGCCUCUUCUCCAGCGUGCAGACCACCCUGGCGAGUGCUGUGCUGGGGAGGGAGGAGGCUGCAGAGGAGGCGGAGACGGAGCGGGUGAGGCGGUAUGCUGACGCCCUUGAGAAGGCUCUUUCGGACUGCCAUCGGGACGCACUGCAGUUCGUGAAGAAGCAGCGAGAGCUAGGGGCAUCCAUGUGCGAGUUUGGAGUGGCGCUGCAGUCACUGGGGCAGUGGGAGGAGGGGCCCCUGGGGAAGUGCUUUAGCGAGGUUGGCAAUAAGGCGGAUAUUGUUGGCUCUGCCACGCGGAACAACGCACAAGUGUUUCUAGAGAACCUUGAAGAACCUCUUAAGGAGUAUGUCCGAUUUGUCACGUCAUUAAAGAAAGCCAUUUCAGACCGUUCCCUCGCAUGGCGGAAUCUGAAUCAGCUAGAGGCGGAUCUCAAGGCCAAGAAGGGCAAGCUGCACCGAGCUCAAGCAACGUCGAUGAAGCAGGAGAAGAUCGAGGAAAUCGAGAAGGAGAUAGUGGAUGUGAGUCGCAAGCUGGAAGAUGCCAAGAAGGAGCACGCUGAUGUGGCGCAGCGCCUAGCUGGCGAGCUGCAGAGGUGCCACGUGGAGAUGGCAGCGGAUUUCGACCGCAUGUUCCGGGACUUCCGGGCCGUCCAGGUUCGCAUCAUGCGGCAGUCCGCACACUCGUGGGAGUCACUGCAACCUGCUAUCAGGGCUGCUGGUGCUGCGCUGCAGCAGGCACAGCCUCUGCCACACGUAGCAGCGCAGGCAGCACAAUAG